CGACAGUCAGCUCGAGCUCGACAGCGAGGAGGGUGAGACCAGGGAAGAAGAGCAGCCCGACCAGCUUUGCCUGGUCACGUGUGGCGCGCGCGGGAGAUCUUCCCACCAGGAGCCGGGGAGAUUUUGUUCCGGAGGACGCGAUCUUGUCCGGCAGACCGUGAAUAUAUGCGCCGUGACCAAAUCCAAGCACUACGUCGCCGGGCAGGGUGUGGGUGUGUAGGAAGUGCGAUCGAGUGAGCAGGAGCUAGAGCUAGUGGUGCCAGGGGCAGGGCGGACCGAUGGGAGCGGCCAUGGCGGAGGAGAAGAGGGCGCACGCGAUGAUGUUCCCGUUCCCGUGCUCGGGCCACAUCAACCCGACGCUGAAGCUGGCGGAGCUGCUGCACUCGCGCGGGGUGCACGUCACCUUCGUCAACACCGAGCACAACCACGAGCGGCUGCUGCGGACGGGCGGCGCGCGGCUCGCCGGCCGGGACGGGUUCCGGUUCGAGUCCGUGCCCGACGGGCUGGACGACGCGGACCGCGCCGCGCCCGACAAGACGGUGAGGCUCUACCUGUCGCUGCGGAGGAGCUGCGGCCCGCCGCUGGUGGACCUGGCGCGCCGGCUCGGGGAGCAAGAGGGCGUGCCGCCCGUCACCUGCGUCGUGCUCAGCGGCCUCGCCAGCUUCGUGCUGGGCGUCGCGGAGGAGCUCCGCGUGCCGUCCUUCGUCAUCUGGGGCACCAGCGCCGUCGGCUUCGUCUGCACGCUCCGGCUGCGCCAGCUCACACAGAGAGGCUACACGCCGCUCAAAGAUGAGAGCUACUUGACCAACGGGUACCUGGACACGCCGAUCGACUGGAUCGCCGGGAUGCCGGCGGUGCGGCUCGGCGACAUCUCCAGCUUCGUCCGGACGGUGGAGCCGAACGGAUUCGGCCUGCGCGUGGAGGAGGAGGAGGCCAACAGCUGCGCCAGGGCGCAGGGCCUCAUCCUCAACACGUUCGACGAGCUCGAGUCAGACGUCCUGGGCGCGCUCCGGGACGAGUUCCCGCGCGUGUACACCAUCGGGCCGCUCGCGGCCGCCAUGCACCGCCGCGUCGACCACGGCGCGUCCGGGCUGAGCCUGUGGGAGGAGGACGCGGCGUGCAUGGCGUGGCUGGACGCGCAACCGGUGGCGGGGUCGGUGCUGUACGUCAGCUUCGGGAGCCUGGCGGUGCUGUCGCUGGACCAGCUGGCGGAGUUCGCGUGGGGCCUCGCCGCCAGCAACCGCCCGUUCCUCUGGGUCGUGCGGCCCGGCCUCGUCGCCGGCGACCGCGGCAUGGAAGCCCUGCCCGCCGACUUCCUCGCGGAGACCAAAGGGCGGCGCUUCAUCGCCGAGUGGUGCGCGCAGGAGCAGGUGCUGCGGCACCGCGCCGUGGGGGGCUUCCUGACGCACAGCGGGUGGAACUCGACGACGGAGAGCAUCUGGGCCGGCGUGCCGAUGAUCUGCGCGCCGGGGUUCGCGGACCAGUACAUCAACAGCCGGUACGUGUGCGGGGAGUGGGGCGUCGGGCUGCGCCUGGACGAGCAGCUGCGGCGAGAGCAGGUGGCGGCGCACAUCGAGGAGCUCAUGGGCGGUGGCGAGAGGGGCGAGGAGAUGAGGCGCCGCGCCGCCGAGUGGAAGGCUCGGGCCGAGGCGGCCACGGCGCCCGGAGGGUCGGCGUACGAGAACCUCGACAAGCUGGUCGAGGAGCUGCGGCUGGAGGUGCCGGACGGCGGCAAGCCUGCCAAAGUCACGCACGCCCGGUGACGUCACCGCCGGGCAGCGUCAUGUCCCACUGUUGCGUAAUGUACUCUUAGACUUUUGGGUGCAUGCUGUUGUUUUCUCUCGAUCUCGAAGUUGUCAUUUAUCGUCAAGAUUUAGCUCAGCGACUGGCACGCCGAUCGUUUCUUA